AUGGCGGGAGAGGUUGACGUCGUAAUUGUGGGAGCUGGUAUAAGUGGUUUAUCAGCUGCUAAACUUCUGACAGAGGAGUAUGGAGUCACAGUGAAGGUGUUAGAAGCCAGAAACAGAGUCGGGGGAAGGACGUAUACGGUUCAGGAUGAACAGCAUGGAACUGUAGAUCUGGGUGCGGGAUACGUCGGUCCCACACAGAACCGAGUAUACCGGUUGGCAAAGGCGUUGGACCUAAAGUUCUAUGAUGUGAAUGAAAAGGAGAGGAGUGUCCUGAGUUUAAAAGGUACCUGGAAGGGAUUUCGUGGAAGCACCCCUCCCUUUUGGAACCCCUUCAGAUUGUUAGACUUGAAUCAUAUAGUAAGGACAGUGGAGGCCAUGGCCAAACAGGUCCCUGUUCAGUCCCCAUGGCUGGCUGCGAAAGCUCACCUCUGGGACUCAAUGACUGUGAAGGAAUUCAUCGACAAAACAGCCUGGAUGAGCUCUACGCGAGCUCUGAUGACACUUGCUGUUCAGAGUUUGAUGACAGUUGAGCCUCAUGAGGUUUCGCUACUGGCCUUUCUGUGGUACAUCAACUCUGGUCAAGGCUUGAUGAGGAUGAUCUGUAUAACCAAUGGUGCACAGGAGAAAAAGAUUGUAGGUGGGGCCCAGCAGUUAUCAGAAGGCUUGGCUCGAAAGCUACCCGCUGGAUGUGUGCAGCUCUCCUCAGCAGUGGUGAUGAUAUCGCAGGAGGAAGUAAAGGUGACCGUGACCACUGAUAUGGGGAGUGUCCACACUGGGAAGUAUGUAAUCCUAGCCAUCCCUCCAGCGGUUAUGAACAAGAUACGGUUUCAACCAGCUCUGCCCAGUUUGAAGAACCAGUUGUUACAGAGGGUUCCAAUGGGUUCCGUCAUCAAGACUGUCAUGUUCUACAAGACAGCUUUCUGGAGAGAUUUAGACUUGAAUGGCACCUGCAUGAGUGAGGAUGGGCCUGUGGGCUGUAGCAUGGACGACACCAAACCUGACGGCUCCUCGCCAGCCAUCAUGGGUUUUAUCCUGGCUGACAAGAGCAGACAACUCUGUCAACUUGCAGAGAAAGAAAGGCAGCAGGCGCUAUGUCAACAUUAUGCCACAAUUUUCAGGUGUGAUAAAUUUCUGAAGCCUAUAGGUUACCUGGAAAAAGAUUGGAUGUCCGAGGAAUAUUCUGGGGGAUGUUUCGUCAGCUCUCUGCCACCAGGGGUGCUCACCAGCUAUGGCAGAGUUUUGCGAGAACCAUUAGGUAAUGUUCACUUUGCCAGCACAGAGACUGCCACGUAUUAUGCGGGUUAUAUGGAAGGGGCAAUACAGGCAGGAGAGCGAGCAGCAAGGGAGGUGCUGUGUUCAAUGGGUCGAAUUGAGCAAGCUGAAAUCUGGCAGGAAGAGCCUGAGUCAUUGGAUCACCCUGCAGCUGACCUUGAACUGACCUUGGUGGAGAAAAUGCUGCCCUCUGUUGGCAGUGUGCUCGUUUUUCUUGCUUCAGGGGCCAGUGUUGCCCUGGCUUACGUCACUCACAGAUACCUCACUGUUCCAGACAAUGUUUGACGCAGUAGUUUGUUCUUCCAUUUCUGUGUUAUCCAUUGCUAUGAUAGC